UUCAUCCGGAUGGAUAUCUCUUGCCAGGGCACUGAUUACGAUAUUUCUCAGCUGUUGCACAGAGCGAAGUCACUCUUAGUUCUUCGUCGGUUUGAUGAUGUGUUGGAGGUAUGCACGGGAGCCUUUGAACUUGUCUCGAAGAGGAGAGAUGACUCUCACCUGUCCAACGAUUUAUUCAGGAAUUCAGAUCAAUGGACACAUUUUGCAGUUAUUGGAAUUCAAGCCUUUGCAGAAAUAAACCAGAGUCAAAAAGCUGUUACAUUCACCACUAAAGCAUUUGAACAUUUUAGAAAGUUUCCAACAGAAGCCUUGGAAUUGUGUGUGUGUCUUCUUCUGAAAGCAUCAAAGUACAAGGAGGCUGGGAAACUUGUUCAGGAUUGGCUUUCUUGUGAAGAUAAUUUCUCUCAAGUUAAAUAUGUGAAAAUAGCAGAAGUUUAUGUCAAACAUAUUCUCUUUCCCCAACAAUUGCAUGAGGAGAUAAAAUGUUUUCUGGAGACCAAUCAAGUCAUUCCUUCCAGUGAGAAACAGGUACUUUUCCAGUUCACAAAACCUUUUGCUGAUGAGAAGGUUGAAAGGUGUAACAUGUCACAUGAGCUAACAGCCCCUGCUCAACUUCCAGCAGAACAUAGUGUUGCCAAUAGAUGGCUAAGAGUGAGGGCAGUCGUACAAAAGCUUCAGAGCCUGUACCGGAUCGUCCUCUUCCAUCAGAAAACGAGGAUUCUUGUGAGAAUGAUUAUCCUUUUGUUUUUCAUUUACUGCUUCAUCUCAGCGAGUAGUUAUCAAGGAGUGAACAAAGGUUCAGGAAUAUUCAGUCUGUGGCUUGCUGUGUUAAACGCUUGGAGAGCAUUGAUUAGUCCUACUAAGUGAUAAAACCCAACACUAGCAGGUAUGAACUCGGGCGGAGACGAACGAGACGUACUUAUGGACGUAAAACUCCAAGAGUGAAGGAAAAGUAGAGACUGGAGAACAAACUGACCAAACUGAAGUGCCUGAGCUUCAUAUGCUGCUUACACAAAUAUCUUUUAAAAUCGAUCAAAAGAAAGGCGAGUACCAUGAGCCAUCCAUCUGAGGAAAAUUGCUAAGGAAUGCUGAGAGAUAUCGGAUAAUUUUUAUUCAAGACGAGUGAGAAAUCUCAAAUCAAUUGCAACGAACAAGGAGAAAUUAUCUCUCUUACAAUCUGAACAAGAGCUGAAGUGGCUACAAACUGGAGCAGAAUGUUUGAGGUUUAAAUACAUAAGGAAAGCAAUGUUUGAAGUAGAGUUUAACUUCUGUUAGUUGAGCUCAGAUUAACAAAAGGACUGUGACAAUACUCUAGCUAUUCUUCGGUGAAACUGUGUGUUGGUUUUCGUGCUUUGUAGGUGUCAUGAGUAUCCAAGAAAAUAAAGAACCAUGAUACAUUAACAGACCCCGAGUGUGAAGAAAGACGCGCAGCAAACAACAACAAAAGCGUUAAAACGAGAUAAUACAGCGAUCAAUACUGUCUAAUGAAACAUUAAAUCGAACUCUAUGUGAACACUGACGAGCUCGUGGUAAGUAACUCACGGUGAUAAAUGUUAAACAAACAGUUCGUUAAGGAAACUGUAACAGGGCUUCAGGCAGUCGAGUUUUCUAAAGGAUGUUUGUUGCAUCUGCGCUUAAAACAAGACUAAUGCUAGGUGUUUCUUCUCUUGGAAGACUACUGAUGUUGCGAUGAGAUAUUUAUCUCAGUCUUACAGACACUUCAUGUUGUUACGUUUCAUUGGCUAAGGAUGAUGUAAGUCAAAGGCUAAAGUUCAUUCCCAAUGUGAGUCGGUUUUCUGUUGUCAUUAAUAAAAGAAAAAAUAAACGAAAAAACAUA